AUGCUGAUUUGCGCGUGGAGGACAAUUGUCGGAAACAAUCCACGACGGUUUUGCGGUGGAGUUACGUUCGCGACGUCUCGCUCGGGAAGAGAAGGGCCGCUUGUGGGAGAGUUAAACAGCGACGACGAUAGCACAAGUGAAGAAAUACAAGAACAUAACAACUCCUCCUCCGAUGGUGAGAAACGUAGGGACGACAUGGAAGGAUGCCGGUUGACUGAAGACAACGUUGUCAAAGAGAGCCCUCAAACGAAGUGGACAAAAUUAGCAGAAAGUAGAGACGGAGAGACAACUCACAACGAACGCAGCAAGACGACUACGGUGUCAGUGGAACAACCGUUGAAUGACGACCAACUAUCGAAUGACGAGGAAACAAUGGACAGUGGAACAUAG